AUGCUCUCGCAAGAAGAUGUUAAUUUUAUUGAAAAUUCGCUUUCUUAUGAAGAUAAGGUAUCGCUGAUUUUUCUACUGUACGGACACCGGAACCCACAAUAUGCGCUGCAAAUUCUUACCGUAGCGAGUCGAGCUUCGGCUUCCGAGGAAACGAACUUCCUGGUGGACUGGAUGAAUUACGUGCAUCAAUCAAGCGAUUGGGAGGACGAGUUUCUUGAAGUACUGACUAUCAUGGAACAGAACCUUUUGCUGCUACGUGCUGGUUACGAUGACGAUGAGCUGCGGGUGAAAUUUUUUCCACGAACGGCUGAAAUUGCUUGCUUUGUUCACCCGAUGCUGAAGGGAUUGUACCACUUUUGUGAACGGCUUAAUGAUGAGAAUACAUCCAAACUGGUGAAUCAGUUGCAGCGUUCUACGGGCAAUCCUUUACAACAGAAUCAAUGUAUGGAAAUUACUCUACUUCAACUACUUUGCAACGAAGGUAUUCAACUGGGAUUGAAACAAUCAGGCCAAGAAAGUAACCUUUUGGUGCUAACCGCCGCAUGCAAAGCGGUAGAGAUGUACGUCGAGAGUGAUUUCCUGAAGAGUAUCGUAUCGCAUUUUAAUCGUCAUCUUUCCCAUCAGAAUCAGGAACAAUCUGAUGCUAGCACAAAGAACAUUCCCAACAUCUCUGAUGUAUCCGCCGGACACAGUCCAUCAGAGUCUGUAAUAACGAAGGUACAAACGACACCAUCACCUCUGGAAUCCUACACAUUCCAUCCUGAACGAGCAGGUAUUGUUUUGCUGAUAAACCAAUUCACAUUUUACCGCGAAACAAACCCAGAGCUUAUCGAACUGGUGCCUCCUAGACCUUUGAAAGAUCGCAAGGGCACUGAGGUGGACAAAAAAGCAUUGGAAAACCUCUUCACGGAGUUUGGGUACGAGCUGAUAGUAGAGGAAAACAACACACAUCACCAAAUAUUGCAAUCGGUGCAACACGCUGUUCAACGUAUAAAAUCAAUGCACUGUUCAUUGGUGGUUUGCCUACUUUCCCAUGGUCAGGAAGGUAAGGUGUUCGGUUCGAAUAGCAUUCCGGUGGAAGUGAAAGCUAUCCAGCAACUGAUGGCUAAUGAACGACUCACUGGGAAACCGAAGCUAUUGAUCGUGCAGGCUUGCCAGGGUGCGGAUCUGCAAUCGGCCGUCCCGAUACCGAACCACGAACUCGAUGGGAUUGACGGCGAAGAAAGGACGGCAUCGGUGUUUAUGGAUUUUCUAGUCGCCUGGUCCACCGUGCCUGGAUUUGCGUCGAUAAGGCACAUCGAAAAGGGUUCCUGGUUUAUUCAGGAACUGUGUGCAAAAUUGCGUCAAUUGCAUGAAAGUGAACAUAUCAUGGAUAUACUAACAGCUGUGAUAAACGAUGUAUCGAGCAAACGAGGAUAUGGCAAUGAAUGCAUGGUGCCGAUUGUGCAAAGUACAUUAAGCAAAAAGCUUUACUUCCAACGAAGAACUUAA